AUGAAUCUCUCCGCUUCGUCUACCGGCUCGCAACGUCCCUUGAUCAAGCGGCCUGCUUUGACUCCUGCGUUUAAGAAACCGAGUCGAUGGUAUCUUCCGUUGAUGGGCGCUAUAGCCCUUGGUUUCGGAGUCGUCAAUUACUACCAAGACCAAGCCAAACAUUACCACUACGAUCGCGAAGAAGAAGAACGACUUCGAAAAAACCGGGCGCUGAUGGAUGCCUAUGGUGAGAAGGAGACGGUGCAGGAUAUCGAACGGGCGCUGGUAGUCUACGAUCUGCAGUGA